AUGAGCGCUUCAAACGCCUCGCCAGUACCUUCGGCACCCCAAUCGUUUAUAGUCAAGGGUGGCGUUUCCGCUCCUCGUCUUAUUGAUGAUAUUCUUCACAUAAUUACUGGCUCCCGUUACCUUGACAAUGAUCCCAUCACAGCUGCAUCAAAUCUUGACCUUCGUCGCCAAAACCCUUGGAGCAUGGCUGUUGGAGGAGAUCCUCGUCUCCCAGAAUAUUUUACUACUUCUUCUUUUAUUGAGUUUUACUCAUUACUUUUUUCUCCAGAUGAUUCUGUCUUCCUCCAUCUUCAUGCUGAAAUCGAUCUUGGUGCUGCGCCCCCAGAAAACGAGCUCAUGGAUUUCCACCUAUGUAAAUCCUCAGAUGAUGCUGUUGACCCAGACCAGGAGAUUUACAAUUACAAGUGUUCAAUCACUGCUACCCAUCUUAAGCUUAUUUUUCAUAGACCUGUUUUUACUGAAGAAGACUGGGAAACCUUUCAUACAAGCGCCAUUGGGGAACGAUACAACAAAUUCAAGCAUCUCUCAACCAAUCCUUCCAAUACAUCGCCUCCAUCCCCCCUAAACUGUCUUCAUACUCUUUACAAAAUUAUUUCAAAACCUCUUUUUGACCCUGUUUCAUCCCCAAUUUAUAGAGAACAUUUUUCCGUCAAUGUUCGUGCCACUCCAGAGUUUCUCAUUAAGCACCUUCAUUUUACUCUCAAAGAUGACGACUUGAAACUUUACCCACCAGAUAUUUUCGAUGUCAAUUCCUCUCCAGAACUUAAAGAAAUUCAUCGUGAUUACGUCCGCAAGCUUCAUGAGGUUGUCAUUUAUGCAAACACAUUUUUCCCCAGCAAUUCACAGUCAGCAAUGGCACAAUCAUUCACUCUUAAAAACUCCCUUCCUAUCCUCCGAAGGCUUCUCUUCGACACUGAUCCACGCUUGCCUGAUUUAUCCUAUCUUAAAAAUCAAUCUUUUUACGGAAACAAGUCAUAUUCCUCGUCAUCUAAGCUCCCUUCAAAAUUUGAUCUUCAAAUGUAUACCAUGCUUGGUGCUACCUACGAUUUAUCAAACUCGGCAAUUUCGAAACGCUACGAUCUUCAGGCAUUCCAGGAUCCAGAAAACAAACCAUAUUAUUUUGAAGCUCUCUUGGGUAUUGCAAAGUCCCGUCAAAGUGAAAUUCUAGAAACCAAGGCUACGGAACUCUUGUCCUUAGGCGAAACCUCUGCCAGCACUUUGGCUCAAGCUUAUGGCCAAUAUUUACUGAACUUUGAUAAAACAAUAACUGAAUUACCUCUUGAUGAGGGCUAUCUUAUUGACUGCUACAAGCAUCGUUCCAAAGAAAAUCCCGGAGAGGAACCAGCUCUGAGGAAUGCUCUUCUCACUAUUGCCAACCACCGAAAUAAUGCUCGCCUAUUAUCAUUUUUGGAAAGCAAGUCAAUGACACUUGCUGAUGCCUACCAUGAGCUUGGACUUUCAAAAGAUAGCAAUGAAGAGUACAUCCAUUUGGCCUACGAAACCAAGAUGCAAGAAGCUAGACCUGAAGAGGCCAAACUAGCCAAGCUGGCCUUGAAAACUAUUGCUAUUGACCGCAAGAGCAAGAUGCUGUUAAAUCUUUACGAAGCUGCUGUCAAGCAUGAUCCUGAUCAUGGAGGAAUUGAUCAAAAUAUGACUCUUUUUGAAGCUAUUGCCAUUUUAGGGGUGCCGCAGGAGCUUGUUGACGAGGCUCGAACAAAUAGUGCAUCCCACAACCUCAUUGUACAACACUUUGAAGCAAACUCUGGAAACGACUCUGAUAGAAUACUUGAGCAGCGCCAGGCUUUGCGUGUAUUAUCCAAGCAUCUUAAAAGCAAAAAGAUUGAAAGCUACCUUAGUGGGGCUCCAGACUCAGACUUUAUCCGUAAUAGUUUGUGGCCUGUGGGUCUCGAAAACAUUGGUAAUACUUGUUAUCUGAAUUCUUUAUUGCAAUUUUACUUCACCAUCACUCCUCUUCGCAAUGCAGUCAUUGAGUUUUGCGAUAACUCUACUAAUCAAAUUGACCUCAACUACGCCAAGGAGAAACGUGUGGGUGGCAGAGUCGUCACCAAGGGUGAAAUUGUCCGUUCGCGCGAAUUUGUCUGUUACCUUGGUGAACUCUUUAAGCAACUCAUUCAUACACCGCUAGCUUCCAUUGCACCUAAAAAGGAGCUUGCCUAUCUGGCUCUCGUCCAGUCGCAGAUUGAUCCUCGCAUGGAGGAAUACGAGUCUCUUGUCAAGACAACUGAAAUUGAUCCUAAUGCAAAGCUUACUACGUCAGUUCAGGGAUCUUCUGUAGAUUCAACUAUCCCUAACAUUAGUAAGACUAUAAGUCGCUCGGAUCCCAUCUUUGAAGAAGACGAAAAGCUUCUUUCCGAUGACGACGAGAGUAUAAUCCGCGAGUCGGAAAAGGGUGGUACAGUAAUUGUGCAUGAUAUGGAUGACAGUUCAUCUGUGAAAUCCUUUUUUAUGGUUGAUGCACCUCCUAAACCUUUGGUUGAUGAGGAUGUGGUUAUGGUUGAUGCUGCUUCAGUAAGCUCCCCUGAAAGUCCCAAGCGCAAUCGUGAAGCUCUUUCUCCUAAGUUUGACUCAAGCUCGCGUAAACGUGAUCGCAAAAGCAUUGAUUCGUUUUCUAUUUCUACAGAUAAUGAAUAUAGUUCUUCUGAUAGAAAGGAGUCGAUAGUCACUGUUAGAAGCAUUGACCCGCCAAAAACUUCGGAACAAAAGCGCCAGAUGGACGACGCGAUGGCUAUCGGUGGACAACAGGAUGUUACUGAGUGCAUUGAGAAUGUUCUUUUUCAAAUUGAGGGUGCAUUUGAUGCUCUUGGCUACGAUGAGGAUGGAGAACAACUCGAUAUGGUCAAGGAGCUCUUUUAUGGUGCUACUAAGCAGCUGAUUGAAGACCCAGAAACGGGCAAAGUUGGUGAGAGCAAAACAGAGCGGUUUUCUAUGCUCAUUGUCAAUGUAGAAGACAAGCCGCAAAACAUGUACGAGGUCAUUGAUACAUACUUUGAUGAUUCAUUUGUUGAACUCGGCAAAAAGCAAGUGAUUCGCCAUAUUACAGCAACCAAGCUCCCACCAAUUCUUCAAGUUCAGAUUCAACGUGUGCAGUUUGACAAGGUUACUCAGCGCGCCUACAAGUCUAAAGCACCAAUCAGACUACUUGAUACGAUAUAUCUCGACCGUUACAUGGACUCGGAUGAGCCAGCCAUGGUACAAAAGCGCAAGGAGGUAGUACAAUGGAAAACACGUAUUGCUAAGCUGCGCAAGGAGGAGGACGAAAUGAAUGAUUUAGUGGGUAAUGGAAUCACCAUUACAGAAGCACUUGAGUCUGCAAAAACCUUUUUGGCUGCACAGAAUGCUGCUGCAGCUGAGGGUAAGGAGGCAUUGGCCAAGGUGUCGCCUCAGACUAUUGAGUUUCUUGAGAAGCAUGUUGCACAGCUCAAGUUCAAACUUGAGUCUUUACGAGCUGAGAUUGCUGAUCUAGAGGACAAGUUGGUGCACCAGUUUGACGAUAUGCAUCACGUAGGCUACAAGCUACACUCUGUCUUUAUUCACCGUGGCCAGGCGACGUUUGGCCAUUAUUGGGUCCAUAUUCAUGACUUCCGGUCCAAUAUUUAUCGCAUGUACAACGAUAAGACUGUAGCAGAAGUGCCUGCGGAUGAAGUUUUGGGCAUCCCCCCUCCUGGGUCCACAACGCUCAAGGAUGCCGAUGCCACGGCAUAUUAUGUGACCUAUGUUCGCGAAGACUCGUUGGAUCUUGUUGAUGCAGUUGUGCGUGACAUUGUUGAAGUGGACGAGGAUGCUGACAAGGAAGAGCCCAGAAAUUCGAAUGACGACGAUGACGACGAGGUUUUGAUUGUUGGUGAAAAAAAGGCCGAUGAUGACGUGGCUGGAUUCUCCACAGCGGCUGCAGCAGUUUCCAAUGCGUUGGCAGAAGAGUCGGGUGACAAUGGUGAUGAGCAGAACACUAAUGUUACAGCUGCUAGUGCCAGCUCCACUACAACAACCACCACCACAUUAGCUACAAUCAGUACUACAAACGAGCCUACAAUUAUCAAAAGCCCUCAACCUCCUAAAUUAUCGUUUGCUGAGAUUGUGGCUGGCAAAAAGCCUCCUCCUCCUGUGCCCAGCAGAAGCAACAAGAAAAAGGAGGAAGAAGAAAAAGAAAAAGAAGAUAUUAAGAAUAAAGAGGAUUUGAUUUCGCUUUAG